AUGAUGCAGGAAUUCGAUGACGACUUCUUUUUCGAGGAGGAUAAAAUGGGAAUGACGGUGACGUCAGGAAGCGUAGUGCUCAGCAAGGAUGAGAAGAAUUUAGUAGGCAUCAGUAUAGGUGGAGGCGCUCCGCUAUGCCCAUGUCUGUACAUUGUACAGAUUUUCGAUAACACACCAGCUGCCCAGGAAGGCACAUUACAAUGCGGUGAUGAAGUGGUCGGAGUAAAUGGACAGAGCGUUAAAGGGAAAACGAAAGCUGAAGUAGCCAAAAUGAUUCAAGCCGCCACGAACGAUGUCACCAUCAACUAUAACAAACUUCACGCGGAUCCAAAGCAGGGGAAAUCUUUAGAUAUAAUUAUGAAGAAAAUGAAACAUAGACUCGUUGAGAACAUGUCGUCUGGGACGGCCGACGCUCUCGGGUUGUCAAGAGCUAUACUUUGCAACGACACUCUAGUCGCCAAGCUGAACGAGAUGAGGGAAACAGAAAACACAUAUAAGAGAUUGGUGGAGAAUUCUAAAAGAAUGUUAAAGUCUUACUUCGACCUUCUCCAAACUUACAAAUCUUUAGGCGACGUUUUCGCAGCCAUCGGAGUGAGGGAACCCCAAGCCAGGGCAUCGGAAGCUUUCACAAAAUUUGGCGAAUACCAUAGAUCUCUAGGGAGAGAUGGCAUUAAAAUGCUGAAGACCUUGAAACCGAUACUUUCUGACAUGGGGACGUACCUGAACAAAGCCAUUCCCGACACGAAGCUGACGAUACGGAAGUAUGCCGAUACAAAGUUUGAAUACCUGUCUUACUGUCUUAAAGUGAAAGAGAUGGAUGAUGAGGAGUUUGGAUACAAUGCAAUACAGGAACCUCUUUACAGAGUAGAAACCGGGAAUUACGAGUAUAGAUUAAUUCUUCGCUGCCGUCAAGAAGCGAGGGCGAGGUUCGCACGCUUGAGAUCGGAUGUGCAAGUCAAGUUGGAAUUACUCGAUAACAAAAAAACUCAAGACGUCGCCUAUCAGCUCAAGAGGUUUAUUCAGGGACUGGCCGUAUAUCACAAUGAAACUGUGGAGCAUCUGAAAGAGAACGCCUCGCUGUUUCCUGUAGAAGUGGACUUAUCGCAGAAUGCCUUCCAGUACAAAUCAACCGCCCAGAUAAUUCAGGAUAAUCAAGAUGACGACGAUAUAGAAUACGGUAAAGAAAUGCAAGAGUACCAUGAUGCUUCUGAUGAAGAGAAAGACACGAAAGUCCUCAACAGGAGGCAGAGUAAAGACAAAGAUGACGCCGACUCGUGCGAACAACUAUUACCUGGACUGGCAGCUGACACCUUUGACAGCAACGUCAAAACCGAAUCUGACAACCUGUCACUUUUGACAGAACUUGGUUUGAUCGAUACAAACCCGCGGUCAGAUGAUUUUGGUGACUUCCAGAAUGGUUUUAUGGGAGAUUUUACACAGAAGGACAGCGAUAAUGGAGCAGAGGAUGUCUUCGAUAAAUUAAUGAGCGAAUUGAAUAUCGGGAAUUAG